UAAAGUGGUAACACCGCUGAAAACGUAUAGGCUAUAUUUCAUAAGGUAUGAAAUAAAUAACUUUACUUUGUACUGCGUAAUUUGUUUAAGUUUUAAAAAGAACAAAAAGCUAUUUCGUACAAUGCGAUAAGAAAAAUCGAAGUUUGAUUAAGUUUAUACAAUGUACAUUUUAAUGAAACAUUGAAACACAAAUAUGCGAUAUACUUUAUACCUGUAAAAGGGAGUGUUUUUUCGAAGUGAAUGAUAACAUGCCCAUUUGAUAUCGGUUAAAGUAAACGGCAGAACAUUUAGAGGAAACGGACAAUAAAAGGGAUAUUUAAAAUCUGAAAGUAUUUACACUAUGGCGACUUCAUCAACAUAUUGUGACAGUACUGAUACAGUAUAUUUUAAAUGUUCAGAGUCGUUGAUCACGUGUCAGCUUUGUACUGAUAAAUUUGAAAGUCCAAGGAUUCUACCAUGUCAGCACACAUUUUGUAAGAAAUGUGUCGUUUCUUUGGUAACGAUGCAUUGUUUGGAUGAUAAUGGAAACACAAGAAAAACUUCAUUUCCAUGUCCAAAUUGUCGACGGGAAUGUAAAUUACGACAAAAAGGAAAGCACAGUAUAGAAGCACAUCUCAAAUGUUUCCCCGAAAGCCUUUUACUGAACACUGUUCUUGAAUCAGUGGUGGAAAAGCCCAGAGGUGAGUUUGGCAAAGUAGGAAAGGAGACAGAAAAUUACAAUUCUAAGUGUUCAUGUGACAAACAUGAUGAUAAGCAAAAAUCUCAUGUGAAAGAGAUCGAGAAGAGGCAGUUAUGUUUUAACGUUCUAUGUAAUUUACAUGUGCUUCUUUUCUUAACUCAUGUACAUCUUUUCUGUUCAAAUUCACUGAAAACGGUUUCUAAAUCAACUUACGUAUUCUUUUUCAAAAAACUUUUAGCAAUCUUUAGGAUAAAGAAUGCUAUGAAUAUAAAUAAACAUCCUGAUUUAAAGCAAUUUGAUAUUGAAAGCAAUGCAGCCGAAGAAGCAGCACAGCUUGAAAGUCAAACAAAUUUAUUUAUUGAUAACCUUGAUCUAACCGAGGAAAAUGACACUGAAAUUAUUCUAAAGAAUGCCCAAACACAGACAGAGGACGCGGCUAUUGCGUUUCCUCUCCUCAGUAAACUUGUUAUCAAAUCUUUACUUGUAAAAAAUUCGUCUAUCGUGCAAUGGUUAUUGAACUAUUUGUUUGAAAAACCAGAUAUAAAAGUGGUUGAUUUUAGUCUUUGUAUUUCUGUGCAAUCUAGAAAGAUUAUAUUCUGGUACCUGCUAAUCAAAUUAUUUGAUAUUUUUACGAUGCUUUAUAUAGCAAAACAUUCUUUUACCAUGUCAUUUUUCCUGUCCUUAAUGUGUUAUGUUAUUCUUCUGGUGUUCUCCAAAAGAAUAAAUCUUUACGUUGACAGAGGUCUCAAUAUAAGGAGCGCAUUGCCACUUUUCCCGAUAUUUCUGAUUUGUUUGAAUUUCUUCUCAAAUCUUAAUAGGUGUAUUCUUUAUUUAAGCUGUUUGGUGCACAUUAAUUUUUGGCUGUUAGCGAGGCUCUUAUUCUUCGAGUUUCUCCCGUACCUGACUAUUUUUGCUACUUUUAAAUUCCUUGAUUUCUGCAAUAAAGGUCAUUUAGCCAGACAUUACGGACCGUAUGUACAAACAAUAAAUGUUAAACGGAAAAGGAGAAACAUAUUCUUUACAAGAAAAAUGUUUUAA